UCGCAACCCCAUCCUCGCGAUGUCACGGUGUGUUUCCGGGUCAAGCAGGCGCCAUCUUGUGAUUGUCGUUUGGCCAGCUGCUGGUUUUCUGGCGGUUUUCACACGGACCAAAGUCUUCCUUUUAACGUCUCGCUGCUCGGAGCCUAAGUUGAUCGUAGCGAUGAGUUACGGCCGAAUGCCCCCCGAUAUCGAAGGCAUGACUUCACUCAAGGUGGACAACCUGACUUACCGCACGUCGCCCGAGACGCUGAAGCGCGUGUUCGAGAAGUAUGGCAAAGUGGGCGACGUAUACAUUCCCCGGGACCGCUUCACCCGGGAGAGCCGCGGCUUCGCCUUCGUCCGCUUCCACGACAAGAGGGACGCCGAGGAUGCUAUCGACGCCAUGGACGGCGCGAUGCUGGACGGCAGGGAACUGAGGGUGCAAAUGGCGCGCUAUGGUCGCCCAGCCGAGUCCCACCGCCGAGGAGGCUCGUCCCGCCGCUACAGCGGCGCCUACGGCAGGAGAAGCCGCAGUCCUAGAAGACGACGUCGAUCCCGUACAAGGUCCAGAAGUCGAACUAGAUCAAGAUCUCGCUACAGCAGGUCCAGGUCUCGUUCCUAUUCUCGAUCUAGAUCUCGUUCCAAAUCUAGAUCUGUUGAAAGAUCAAGGUCCAAGUCAAAGUCUAAAUCAAAGUCAAGGUCUCGGUCUGUAUCAAGAUCAAGAAGUGGAUCGCGAAUGUCUCAAGGAUCAAAGUCAAAAUCCCGGUCUAAAACCCCCAUAUACGCAAGAUCUCCACAGAAAGAUGGAAUUGAAUCACCGUAAAAAAGUGGUAAAUUGCACCAAAGAGGGGUGCUGGCCUGGGGGAGUUGCUGUGCCCAGCAGUGUGAGAGCUGAAUGAGCAAACAGUUGAAAUAAGACAGUUGCUGAAGUCAUGAUGCCAAGGUGCUGCUGCUUCUGAUAAUUUGGCUCCUUCACACUUAAGGCACAGUAACUUAUUCAAAUCAUUUUUCCUAGUUUUUUCAACCACAUUCAGAUUUGAAUAGCAGCAGGAGAAAUCAAGUAAAACAAUAUAGUACUUAAUUAUAUUUAUUUUAAAGAGGUAGCAACAUGGACAUUCAUAUUUUUUUUUUAUAAAAUGAUAUAUGCUGCUGGUUCCUCUUGUGGCUUGACAGACUUUGUGAGUCCUAUGCAUUCAAAUCUUGUGAAUAAUCUUCUUGUCUGAAGCUUAAUGGCAGGUGAUGAUUUGAUUCUGAAAAAAAAAUCAAGUAUACCCACAAAAAAUGGGUAUAAUGUAGGAAGAAUGUGAAUGCCUGAAAUUGGGGGGGAAAAAGGUUCAUGUUUCAGAUUGAGGCCACUUGUUGUGCUGAACAAAGUGAGAAUUUGACCACUCCCUCCCAAUUUUCUCACCUUCAUUUUUUAUUUUGGAAGGAGUACAAAUAUGGGCAGAAGAUAUUUUAAAGAUUGAAGUAGAUUAUGGAUCAUGUGGGAAUUUUAUUUUUCUAAUUUUACUGAAGGUUUUACACGAGUAGACCAAUGAAAUCACCUAAUUCCUCAAAACUCUAGAGAAUACAGACCCAGUUUCCGCAAUCACUUUUGAAAUUAUGCAGCUAGUUGUGGACGCAAUAACAAUACUAUCUUGAAUUGCUUUUCUGACACCUAUUUCCAGAGUAAGCUUGAACACUGUCAACAAUGCGCCUUGUCCUCAACCUUGCUUUACCACUGAUUACCUUCACCAGAAGAGUAAUUGUUAACUAAUACAAUUGUAGGCAUCUCACAGGUCUUCUUUUAGUGGUUAUGCUAUCUUUUGGUCAAGUGGUCACUUCGCUGUCUGUCGUCCACUCUUGAGUGACUGCUACUCUUAAGUGCUUGUACCUCAUGCACUUCUUUUUACCCUGUACCUUUUCUAGCACGCAGAACUUCACCCUUUUCAGCUACUUUCUCACCCACAUUUCUUUCACACCGAAUUUCAGCCUGCAACAACUAACCAACCAUUUCUGUAAUCAAGCAGUGAAACCUCUAUAACACCUUUCUGAUGUUUGAGUGCUUAGCAGUAGUGAUCUAUAUUUUUGUGACACUUGUGGUUUGAGGACUUUGAGGGAUUCCGUGCACAAUCAAUAUCUUAUAGUUUUUAAAUUCAGUGUUUGGUUCAAUACAUGCAUUAAUAUAUUGCAUAAUUUAAUACUACUUUUAACCACCAAAUGGUAAAUCUCAAACUACUUAACUUUCUUCAUGCUAUCUCUCGUUUUGCAUUACAGUAGGUUAUCUUGUUUCAUUUCACAGUUCCCAUUUUUGGAAGUAAAAUGUCCAUGAUUUAAAUACUCUAUAUCCUGUUAUAAAAUUGAAAGUCAUUAUCUUCUAUUUUAAAAAUAUUUUUAUUCACAAUUCAGUUAUUUUGGCUUUAAAUACUUUUUAAAUAGAAAACAACUUGGUUCACAAUGCAAGUAGUUUUUUGGACUUGUGCAUUGCUGAUUGCUGCAGAUGUUCAAUGAAUGGUGAUGCUGCAUCUUGCUACCAUGAUAGCACCAGAUUCUGCACAAUUAUGUCCUAUGAAUCUCUUAACCCAAGUAAGAUUUGAAUUUAUUAUAACCUAAAAUUUGACAAUCAAGAAUUUAAUAUAUUUUUGGUGUGAUUUUUGGCAAGGUUGCAAAUAUUGCUCAACCCUGGUUGCAUUGAGAUUGCGGUGAUGGAUCACCUUUAAUUGCUGUAGUAUUUGUCGUGGAAUCAUAGAAUAGUACAGUUCUGAUGCUCGAGUGGUGUUGGGCGGGCAUUUGAGAUUUUUACCCAGCAAUGAUGAAGCAAGCUAUUUUUUAGUCCCAAGUCAGAUUCCUUUUGUGUCUCUGGAAUCAUGAUGAUGUAUCCAUGAUUUUGCUUCUCAUGUUCUUCAGGGUGGUAGAGGUCUUGUGGCAGGUAGGUGCUGUUGGAGUAAGCUUGGUGAGUUGAUAUACUGCAUCCUGAGGAUUAUAUGUACUGCAGUCGCAACAAUACACUGGUGAAGGGAUGGAUAUUGAGUUCACUGGCAAGGGUGCUGAGCAAGCGGAUUACUUUGUCUUGGAUAGUGCCACUUCAGUUUUGUUGUGGCUGCAUCCACCCAGGCAACUGGUGAGUAUGUUAUCAAGCUCCUGACUUUCAAGUGUGGAGUUAAUAUAGCUGUUGAACUCUUGGUUUAAUACUACUAUUACAGUGCAGUCAGAAUUAGUGGAUAAAAUCAGCUCCACUUUGUCAACUGUUGAAAGGAUUGUAUUUAAAUGAUGACAUCUACCAUUUGUAAAAUUUUGUCUUCUAAGUAAUAUGAUUGAUAAUUACAUCUGCAUGACCGAUGAGUAUUUUAUUCAACUUGGUGAUAAUGUGUAUUGCCAGAUGUUGCCAGCAUCCGUUUUCUCUUUCCUCUGCAUGACAAAGUUGAUUAUUUGAUUUAACUUGAAGAUUUGUUUUGUAAUUUAAUAAAUCUUAAAGUGGUUACAAAAUGAAACAAAAUAUUUACAAUAUUUUGAUCACUACUAUAUUUACAAUGAAAUAUUAAGACAUCUCAAAUUUUAGGUUUUGUAGAUAGUACUGUCGGCUUUGAUUGUGACAGUGGAGAUAUCAAGAGUUGUUUACUGGUACUUAGUGAGAAAUUGCACAUGACUAGAAUUGAAAACUGCACUUUGUAAAUAAUUUUUAUUGGGUUAUGUUCAAUGCUCCAGAAAUCAUAAUAUUAAUCUGUUUAUGCAGAAUUUUAUUUGCAUGUUUUCAAACCUUUAAAAAAAGUUUUUAAUUAAUUUUCCAUUCAGCUUUGAUACUAGCUACUUUACUAUUUCCUGUGCAAACGUUUUGACAUGAUGGCAAAUUAAACUUUUGUACCAGAGGCAACCUUAUCUUCAGUGAGGCACACAUUCAGACUUUGAGUGUAGAAAUGUUGUGGAACCUUUUUUUUGUUACUUAAUUGUUCAUAUCUAAUAUCAUGUGACCUGAACGUUUUUCCCAACAAUCCCAUAAAUAUGAAUUUAAUUGAAUGUACUCUUUGGGGAAAGUAUAUUUUCAGAAUUUAGUUAUCCUGUUAUGAGAAGAAAGGAAAAGCUUGUGUUGAUCAGGCGUUUGAACUAAGUUUAACUUCUACAAUUCUAGUAAGCAAGGUUAUUUUGGAUGUUUUUAACAUUUUAUGCAGUAGAUUAUUUUUUAAAUUUUGACUUGUCUUUUUGUUCUAGAUAUUCUGGAUGGCUGGAAGAUUUACAUGGUAGAUGCCUUGCAAGAAGUAUCAGCUCUUGCCAACUGUUUAGAUGAUGGAGAGACCUUCCUAAAAUAAGCAGUGAACUCCUUAAAAGGCGCAGUUGUGUAGCAGUUCUGUAAAGCGGGUUAGCUGUAAGGUGGCGUGUUGCAGUGCAGUGCAGAGUGCUUGGCUGUGUCCUGUAUUCUCCUGAUUGCUCCUGUAAUGAUGCCUUGACGUGCAGAAAAUAUGGCUGUCCAGUAAAAUGCCUGUCAGCUGCACCUCCAGAGACGUGGCUGCGUGUAAAUUAUGGAGCAGGCAGUAAGCACCUUUAGCUACCUUGUUUUUGUACUUGGUAAUGUGGUUUAUCCAUUUCCACAUGGAAUACACUGUUUAGAAUGCUGUUAAUUUUUGAAAUUGAGUGUAAUUAACAGUUUUGUUUGCUUCAAUACAUGAAUCCUGUACAACUUGUAAUAUUAAAAAAAAUUUUCUUGGUGUUAA